AUGUCACCCUCUUCUAGCAGGAAAAAACUUAACCGAACCUCGUUGACAAACUUCAGUCUGACGGUGGUGCCGCGGCGUCGACGAAACUUAAAGAAUAAUUUUGCAUCUGAGAAACCAGAGGAAAACAAACUUGUUCCUGAACCUAAAGACAGUAACUCUUUCCAAAACAACAAUGCAUCCGUGCCAUCGUCUUUAACAAACCCCGCAAUCGUGACGGAAACGAUCGAAGGAGAACCGGAGGAGCCGUGCGUAGGAACGCAAAAGUCAAAAUGGAGAUCCAAAGCGGAUGGUAGUGUGAACGUUAUUGAUCAAGAGGUACCGUGCACCAGAGGCAAGUUUCAAAAGAGUAAACCAAACACCAGGAGCAAGAGCAAGCACGGGGUGCACACUUUUAAACAGCUUUGCGACCUCAGAUUGAAGUUUACUUGGUGCGUUUGCACGGCUGCAGACAGGAAAGAGGUGGUCAAACCAAAAAGGGGCAACAUGUCUUGCAAAAAGGAAUUGAAUAACGAGACUACAAAGAGUAAAAAGUCAGGUGUAGUAAAAUCUGGAAGGUGCAACUCUACACAAGGUGGUGUUAAUGGGAAAACUCGCGUUGGUAGAAGAGCCAGGGACAGCGGGUGUAAAGAGAAGGCCAAGUCCGCCUUGUGUGAUCCAGAUCCGGCUGCUGCACAGACAGGAACACGGUCCUCCAUUACCGCGGAACUGUCAAAUGAUGAUGAAAUUACGCUCCCAAGCCCUGCCAGACUUGCUGGUUCAGAUGGGUCUUUGGGAAAGGCUGCCAAAUCCUCAGUUGGCAGCCUCUGUGGUGACUGUGAAUACAUGUCCCGUCAUCAUACAACUUUGGGUGAGCACUGGCAAAAAAGGAGUAGCUGUGGGCCAGAGCAUCCUACGGUUAAGGUUGAGAACAAUAAAAAAGCCACGGCCACCUAUAAGAAGAUUAUCAUAUGGAUAGACCAGUACCCGAAGGUGAUGCUUUGGGACAUUGCUAAAAAGCGAGAAAUGAGAGCUGGAUUUUCAUUUGAGCCUGGGUGUUUAGGGCAUAACAAGCAAGAAAUCAAGGAAAGUGUUUCGGCUAAAGAAGUUCAGUCUGUCGGUCGUGCUCUGAGUCCUACUGAACACCAGAGCCAUCGCACAAAUGCGAAGAAAGUAUCCAGUCACAAGAGAUGUUGUUCCCUGAAGAGUAAAAGCUCCACUACCUGUUUUGCUUCUUCCUCACUACGUGAACGCACAGAAAAAGGGCAGUUCAAGACUCGCAGUCAUGGCAGAGAUGUUGAAGAGGAUCCUAGCUCUCGAUCCAACCUAGUAGGAGAGGAAAUCCACAGGGACAAAAGGCUGAAGCUAGGGCAUGGUGUUAAAGAUGGGACGUUGCCAUCUACUCCGGAUUUCGAAAAUGUCACUUGCGAAGACCAAGCGGAAACAGACUCUGUAGACAAAGAGAUGUCUGUUGAAAGUCUGCCAUGUGUAGAGCGUGCAGUUUGUGACAGCAGCUGUUCUGGCUCCGCUGAGAAAGAAAACAAUGUCCACAAUAGACCUUGUGAUGAGAAAGACAACCCCACAAACACGGAGGCAGUAGAAAUGUCAUCAGAAGUGUUCAGUGAGACCAACAAGGUUGAAACGGAGGAACUAGACUCAUUUACCUGCCAGAGAGCGAGGCCCUAUAUCAGGAACAUACAAUAUUCUUGUGCACGCACUUUUAUGUCCUGGCCCUUCCCUACCAGUCGCUUGAUCCCAAAACCACAUACCACAGACUGUCAAGCAGAGCCUAUUGAUCUAUCGGCUCAAAAUAACAGCAACGCUCCAUCCGAUCAAAUUGAGCCAGGUACAUCCAGCAAAUGGACCAAUGAUGAACUCCCACAUUCAGAGGCCUCCUCAAUCACAGCCCAUCAUGUUUCCAUUCAAAAGGAAGACAAGCGAGAAGGGAAUGGAGAAAGCAUUUUAAAGGAGAAGAAUAGGCAAACACAUGACAAUAUGUCAUCAUUAUCUACGGAGUUUGCAUUUCACCUUAUGGAAGCCGAAGAACCCAGUCUCUCCUUGGAUAAGGCUACAUUUUCCAACCCAAGUCAGAGAGGAAUAGAGACUCAAACUGACAUAGUCUUAGCCGCAUCUUCGCCAGUUGAUAGACCUGAACCGGAUAGCUCCACGUUGACCCCUUCCCCAUCAGCUCUUUGCCUGAGUGACUGUGACACUGCCAAUACUUUAUCUCCCGUGUCAUCUCUGUUCUCACACAGUGGUCCGAGCAGCCUUCCAGCCACAACCUCCUCGCUCACACUUUCAUCGUUCCUACUGAAGAAAGUCGAAGGUGUUGAAUCAGCUUAUUCUGCUUGUACGUCCUCAAUCAAAAGUAUGGUCAAAGCUGGAUAUAAAGAAUUGUUCACCUGUGAAGAAACCCAAAUAAAAUCAUGGACUUCACCCUCUGCUCCUUCACAUAACUCGGACUUCUUUGAUUCAUGUCAAUCUUCCCUCCUCCUUCCUCAAGUCGAGCAAGAGAGUGACGAAGAACUCCUCACACACGAAACGGAUUCGAAUGUGUUCAUGUUUCCACAGAUUCUCUCUCCUAUCAAUUCCCCCCAAGGAAAAUCACGACAAAGCCUUUUGCCCCCCCAAAGCCAAGAUUGCCCAGGUGACGCAAAGGAGGACCAACACAUGGACUCACUCAAUCAAGUGUUACCUGAAUGUCACAUGCCAGAAAUUGUCAAUUGCAAUAAUGAAAACUCAAAGGAUGAUCUUGAACAUAAUAGGGAAGACUUGGAAGGAGUCUCUAAAACUACUCCAAAGGAAGUGGAGUCUUCGCCAUACAAUAAUGAAGAGGUGGAGGAUGGUAAUGAGGAAGAAAGCCAGGAUCAAACCGACAAUGAAGAUGAUGUGGAACAGGGUAACAACAAAUCAGAUCAAGUUCCUUCCGAGGCUAAGAGAAAGGCGAGCAUUGCCUCAGGAGCUCUGACAGAACCCUGCUCUUCUCCCAGCUGUGAUGAAGACGAUGACGGGCCUCUCAGUGAUGAAGGACAGCCAAGUCCUAUUGGAGAAGAAGGAUCUAGUCCAUCUGAAGUAGCAGGCAGUGAUGGGGAUAAAAGUGUGGAAGAGGAUACUCAGCUGAGCGUUCUGGACGAUAUCGCAGCUUACGAACAGGACAUCCUAAUUGUCGAUAUGAUCCAGGACGACUUCGAGCUGUUCGAAAAGCUGCCCCAGGAGAGAGUGCUGAAGCUGGGCCCCACCCGGGUCACAGAGGCCCCUAAACACAGACCUGUUGGCGUGGUGAAAACACUGACGCCCAGGAUAGAUGGACCAUCACUGGAGUUUAAAGAAGAAUCGAGCUCAGUUGAUACCUACGAUGGCAGUACUGAUGCCACAGAACAGGAGAGCAGGACAUGGAGACCUCAGUGUAGCAGAAACACGCCCCCCACGCAAAGCAGCACAUGGCCUUCGACUGAAAACAAGAGUCUCCCUGAUGCCAACAACAACCUUGUAAACAGAGUUUUGGAGAGGAGCCAGCCCAUCCAGACGGUGAAGUCCCUGCAAAACAACUUCCCUCCACUCAUGACUGCAAGAAUUGGGCCCUUGGUCAAAAACCCACCCAACAUGACAGAGGUCAGGUGCCACAAAUCUAAGUCUUACUGCAGACAGUACUUCAGUGAUUCGCUGUUCUGUCGAUUCAAGGUCUGUCACUUCCAACAUGUGCCUAAGGCGGGCGACGAGAAGGACGUAGCCAGCCCAUGGGCUGUUCCCACCUGGACUCAGAACUGUGAGAGCGAGUACCUCUCCGCAGGAAGCCGCCUCCUCUCCGCAGCGUGCAGGACGCUGCCCAAACUGGUCAUUCACUACACGGCCGUUAACUCGUCUCAGGAUCAGGUUUUCACUCUGGACGUUUUCUCCGCUCGUUCCUGGCUCCGCCACAAUCACCUGUGGGCCAAUGAGGUGUGGACGCGCUGA